AUGUUUGAAGCUAUUAUCGCCUUUUCUGUGGUCAAAACAUUGAGCUGGCGUUACAAAUACUAUUUUGGCACCAUGAUCAAUGGGAUAGCCCAGAUCAUGGUUAUCGUAUUUUACCGGCCCCCAGGAUGGGUUGAACUGCAUCCAGAUGGCAAAUCACGCACCCGACAAUUGAAAGACCCGGACUAUGUUGGCGUACUUCUGAUGGCCGGUGGUUUGAUUUCUUUCUUGCUGGGCGUCUUAUGGGGGGGAAACCCUUACUCCUGGACCAGCGUAACCGUCGUCGUCCCACUACUAGUCGGAGGUAUCGUUCUUCACUCCAUAUCGCCGUAUGAGACAUCUAACGCCUUGACAGGACUGACUAUGGCGAUCCUUCUACAUCUUUGGGAGUUCUACUCCCCGGCUGAUAUGAACAGACUGUUUUCCGGGAAAUUGAUCACAAAUGUCAGAUCGGUCAUCCUACCGCUCUUCAUCACCUUUGCUUCCGGUCUUGCGCAGCUCUAUGGGCUCCAGGUUUACUGGCCUCAAUUGAUUCAAACCCUGUUUACCACAGAACCUGAUCGGGCUGGCUGGCUCAGCUUUGUACUCAAUGCUGCCGGGACUAUCGGAAUUAUGACACCGGGAAUUUUCUUUGGUAUCCUAAAGCGCACGCUACUCCAACUGGUCGCAUAUACUACGCUACAAACUGUUUUCCCGGCAGCGAUGUCAACCAUCAUUCAGCACUCGCUUGCGCGGACGGUAGUUCUGGCUAUAUUCACUGGUUGGGCCCUCAGCUCGACCAUGAUCGUCAGUGUCUUGUUUGUCCAGUACGGAGUGGGCGACGAUCGCCUUCGUAUCUCGAACGGGCUGCACGGAACCAUUGUGAACUCCGGAGCCGCCAUUGGGUUCGCGAUCUACGGGAGUAUUGUCAACAACAAGGUCAAAUAUACCAUGGGGCCAACCAUGGCCACGGCUUUGGUCGGUGCGGGAUUACCAGCCAAUUCAGUCGAACCGUUUCUUGGCGCUUUCCUGACAGGAAACUCCAACGUUCUCGCUGGAAUCGAUGGGGUGACACCAACCGUCCUGGCAGCCGCAACAAGCGCAGCUCGAGAUGUGUACACCCAGGCAUACCGAAUCCUCUUCCUUGUCACCACAGCCUUUACUGGUGCUGCCUUUAUUGGUAGCCUUUUUGUCCCAAGUGUAGAUAUUCACUUGACUCAGUAA